AUGGCGAUGGCUGAUUUCUUGGUUGUCACAUCUGAUGUUUUGCUGAGGUGGCUUAUCGUGUAUUUUCCAGUAUCUUUCCUGGAUAUUACUUAUGUCUGUAGUUUGGUUACAGUGUUCAUUUCUGCAACCACAAUGAAUUCCAUCUGGUUGACUGUUGCUUUCACCUUUGAUCGAUUUGUGGCUAUUUGCUGCCAGAAGCUUAAAACUAGAUACUGCACUGAGAAAACUGCAGCCGUGAUUAUUGGAACAGUGAGUGUGCUGAGCUAUUUGGAAAGCAUUCCCUGGUUUUUCAUAUUCCAAUCCAAGUACAUCUUCAAUAAACUGCCAUGGUUUUGCAUGAGCAAAUCAGAGUAUUCUACUUCAAUCUUCUGGGCAUUAUACGGUGUAUUACAUCGACUUUUAUCCCCUUUACUUCCAUGUGUUAUCAUUCUUCUUUUGAACACUCUGACCAUCAGACAUGUUUUAGUCGCAAGCAAAGCCCGCAGCAGACUCCUGAAGGACAGUGACAGGGAGAAGACCAGUGACCCAGAAAUGGACAAACGCAAAAAAUCCAUUGUUUUACUCUUUGCUAUCUCAGGCAGCUUCAUUAUUUUAUGGACCCCUUAUGUGGCAUGUUUCCUAUAUCGACGAAUUGCAGUAAUGCAUAAUUUUUCUCCACUUUCCCCGACUGCAGGUACUAUUGGAUACUUACUCCAGCUCCUCAGUACUUGCACAAACACUUGUAUAUACACAGUGACCCAGAGGCAAUUCCGAGAGCAGCUGAAAACAGUUCUGAAGCUCCCUUUCACGCUCAUUCUCAGAUCCAUCAAACAGUGA